AUGACCAUCAAAUUAUUGAUUGUAUUGGCAAUUGUCAGUACAUUAGCCAAUAGUCAAUUGUCAUCAUCAACUUUAAGCAUUACUAUCACUACUACCUUAAAGCCAAUCGACGUGUCAACAACUAAUGUGUCCACUGAAUUGUCGCCGAUUGUCAGUUCAGAGGUUACUAACAGCCCGACUAAUGAAUCAAUUAAUGGCACACAAACAACAUCACCGACAAUAGUGACAACAAAUGAAAACACCACUUCAGUGCCAUCAAACACAUCAACAACUGUUGUAGUAAAUGACACGACGACGACAACAAUGGUCGUUGAAAGCAGCACUAAAUCUACUAUUAUUGGACAGUCAUCGUCAUCUGCAGACUAUGAAAGCACACUAUCACCGCCAGAUCAGACAAAAUCAUCUAAAUGUUUGAAUAAUAAUAAUUGUAUCGAUAAAUCAUUUCAUGAAGUUGUCAGAGAUUUAUCAUUCUUACUGAUUGUUAUGGUAUUCAUUGGUUCACUUCUUGUAACCUUUUGUACAGUGUUUGGAUACAAGACAUUAACCAAAGAGUUGUCGACACCAAAGGAGUGUCAAAAAUAA